CAGUGCCUGAUGAUAAUUUUGCCAACUUGUCUAAUUCAAUCCAGUUUAAAGAGUCGUUUAUUCUUAUCAGAUGUUUAUUAUUAGAACAUUAUGAUUCAACAUCGUUCGCCACAGGAUUCAGCUAGGAACACGUUUUAAUUGAGUCUAUAACAGCAGCUAUUUGUAUAAAUAAAUUUUGUUUUAUGUUGCAUUCAAUCAUUUUGAUGGUGAUAUUAUUUGUAACCACGGAUGGCAAACAUAGAUUGUAAUUUCAGCUCUGUGUAAUGUAAUGUAUUCCUUUGCACCUCGAGCACGUGAUAAAUAGGGAAAUUCAACUUUGAAAAAUUACACGUGUUGUUAUUGGGAUGGUGGUUUAACGUAGUCUGAAGUGGCGGAAGGUGUGAAGGGUCUGAAGCCUGGAAAGAGUCGGAAGGACUCGUUUGGAGAUAACAUCCGUAAAUAACCUUGUAGAUUGGUGGUAUGACCGGGUAUGACAGCGUCAGUGUUUGGGAUGAAUGCUAUGAGGAAUGAAAAAGAACGUGAAUUGAAUACAUCUGUAUAGGAAGUAUGGAAUUCAGUGAAGAAUUUGCUGUAGUUCAAGGUUCUCUUAUUAGUGUACAAAAGACAGUAGGAGACCUCCGGUUCUUGUCAUCAAAAAAUGGUGAUGACUCCAGAAUCAACGCUGUUGUUGAUGCGCUUCGCAAGAUUAUCGCUGGCAAGGGGAUAGAGGCUGGAACAAAGUUGGAUGCCAAGCAGGAUCAGAGUUUAAGGCGGAUUCAUAUGUUCCUUGUGCUGAACACUGAUCUCAGUGUUCAGGAAAAACUGAUUGAUGAUACAAACUGUGGCCAUAUCGUCAGUUGUGCUCCCAGCUUAAGCAAAGACUUAAUGGUUGAAUUGAUAUGGCAUUUAUCAUUGCAUAAAUAUACAUAUGAAAGCAUUAUUUAUUGUCCCCUGGCACUCGGUGCAGAGUUGCUUGAUAUGAUUCUGGACAAAAUAGGUUCUGUGGGCCCUUUGCGUGCUCUGCCGAUUGUUGAAGAUCUUUCUAAAGCAGUUUACUGUAAAUAUAUAAGACUUGAACGCUUUCACCGUACAGAUAUGAACGGUACAAAGUUGAAUUUAUAUGGCUAUUUGAAAAGUUUACUGCAGUAUUUUGUAAAUCCUAAUUUAAAGGAGGUGGGUAAUGUUAGUCCCCAGGAACUGUAUCGCCUAGCCGGUUUUGCAAUGAGGUGCAUCUUAUCAUUGAUGUUAAGCUGCUUGAAACUGUAUUUGAAUCCACUAGACCAAGAGUUGGAUGUAGCAGGAGUUUAUGAUAUGUCUCUGCCAGAAUUUUGUGAUGCAGUUGAAAAUAAGGAAGUAACUUCAAAAAAUUAUAUUGAUGAACUUAUGUCAGCCUGCAAAAAUAAUUUUUGUGCAAUUACAGUAGAUAUAUGGUUAUUUUGGGCAGAAUGUGAUGCUGAUGAUGCAAACAAUGAUCGAACUUUACAAAAUGAAAUAAGUGAAGCCAUGUAUUUGUGUUCUGAAGCACUGAAGGAAGUCCGGAAUGGUGACGCUGAAUUCCCAUUAUCAGGUGAACUGAUCGCCAUGCUGUCAACCAUGGCGGUGAAACCCAGAGAUGAAGUUGAUGAGAUAAGAGAAGCAGACUUAGAAUUGAUUAUCAAGAAUAUUUCGGACACCUCAAAAUCCCAGAGGAAAUGGUUUAAAGCUUUGCUUGGAUUGAAUGAGUUUAUUGUGUCUGACGAGAGGUGUAUGGAGUGUCUUAAAAAUAAUUUGCACUUAGCAGAAUGUGAAGAUGUGAAAGUGAUUCUUGAAAAGAUUGUUGCCACGCUUGGCUCAAUACCUGCCGAUCAACAGUGCAGUAAAAUAAAGCAUGUCGGAUUGGACUGCUUGAAGCAUUUAUCUCUGGAACAGCAGGUUGAUACUGUCCAGUGGUUUUUUGUGACAUUUGGCAAUGGUGUGAGCUUCUUGAUGGAUGAUUUCCAUCUAGUGGCUACGGAGGCCUUCAAUAAAGCUGUGACAAUGACAGGGAAGAAGGAGAAGUUCUUUUCAGAGUUUCUGUUGCUCUGUAUGCAGAGUCCAGCUGGAGUGGUCAUGAAGAUAUUGCAUGAAGGACUGACAAACUCUAAGCAGGUUCCACUGAUGGUUGAAGUUCUGGAAUGCUUGAAUCCAGUGCUGAGUGUCUGUGAACUAGACGAGAUGUCUGUGGCAUCCGGAAAUGAGAAGAUGUCUCUUCUGAUGUCUCUGCUAAGUAGCGUUAUGAAGAAUGAUUUGAGUGAUCUGGAGAAAUCAAAUUUCGUAAACCUUGCUGUCACUCUCAUAAACCAUGAUAUUGUUGACGGUUCAGUGUUUCUUAGGAGAUGUUUGUUGCCUGCAUUACAUGAGAGUCUCAGUGUAAGGAACUGGUCACAGCUGUUGCUAUGGCUGGAAACAUUACAUUCAUUCACAGACGGGACAGUAACAAGCUGCAGUGGGGUAGCAGAGUGUCCUCUGCUGGUUGUCUUGGCCCAAGUUCUUGAAGUCAGCAGGUGGAACAUACUGACAUUCUCAGGCGGAGCUGUGUCGGUGUGUGAGGAAGUGUGCGCCAUUGUCAGGAAUGUAAUGAAGACCUUCCUGGGUACAAAAGCCACUGAAGAUAGGGAGGUGAGAUGGCUUCAGACUAAGCUUGAUAAAUUUGUGUCUCCGCUUAACAAACGUUACUUCAGCAAGCUGUGGACUAAAUUUGGAAGAGAAUGGGCAUCAUCACCAUGUAAUUUGAUCAUCUUCCCUCUUGAGGUGAUGCAGAAUGAUGACUUCAGUGAUGACAGUAACAGAAAGGCACUGGAGUUAUUUGAGGCUGUGGAAAAUAAAGAACACUGUAUUCUCUUUCCAUUUUCAAAGCUGUUGCCAUUAUGUACUGCCAUGGAAUGGAAAAUGUUGGCCAAGGGGAUGCAAAAGAUGUGCAUGGGCACGGAGGACAGUGCUCCACAGAUCCAUAUAUUUGCUGAUUCAGUUUUAUUGCUCCUCAGUCUUAUUAAAAGGAAAGGUAUCCAAGAAAAUGAGUGUGUCCUCUCUUGUCUGGAUUACUGUAUCAGGAACUUAGGAUUGAUUUUGAAGGAUGAAGAAAUUUCACACUUGAAGAGCUUGCCAACAGGAGACCAAGUGAAGAUAUUUAUUAAGAUAUUGCAUGUUCUGGGGCAACUUCCUCCCCGUAUAAAAGAUUCAUGUUCAAUUGUUAUGUUCAAUAUUCUAAUAGAAUUUUUACUGGAGGUUAUGAACAGAUCUGUACUAGAAAAGAAAUGUAUGAAUGGCGUUGAUGAAAUAUCUUUAUACUCGUAUAUAAGAGACAUUACUGCCUCUAUUGGAGUUCUUGGCAAUGGAGAGCCACUGCAAGUUUUCUCUAGGAAGUUGCUGGAAUGUAUGGAGCUUAAUGAUGCUCACUGAAGCACAGAAUAGAAACAUUUGAGGCUCUUAUUGUGAAACAGAAAUAUUAACAUGAAAUGUUUACUGUUCUAAUUUUUUUUAUGAAUUUUUCUUGAUUUACAAACUGAAGAAUGUAUCAGUUGGACCAAAACUUGAAGUAAAAUACUGGCCUUUAGGUUAUAUCCUA